AUGUUUUCGCAUUCGUCGUCAUUGUGGACAAAAAGUAAAUCAAAUAAGUUAGAUCGACCGCGUCCACCAUCGCCAUGGACAAACGAUCUUGCUGAUCAAGGACUUGCUGUUUUCGUUGUGCAAUGUGCGGGAACGGUGGAUCUAACACACGACGAUGAUGUCGACUUUUCCUAUAAAAAGAAAUUUCUGCAAUUCAUUUACCAAUGUCAGAUUGCACGACGGUUACCGAAGAAAUUAUCGGAAAAAUCUGCUGUACACUUGCAUAUCACUGCGGAACAAAUUAAAUUACUCAAUACUCAUCAAAAAACAAUUCUUUCGAUUCCUUCACAUCACAUUAUUGCUUGUUACUAUGUUGAAUACGACAAGGAUCAUAUUGUAGGAAUGAAAUAUGUUUCGGCUAAGGAUAAAGCUUCAACUGUUGAACUAAUCAUUUUCUUGCUCAAUGAUCGACACGAAGCAGAUGAACUAUGUUCGUCCAUGGACUUCUGUUUUCGUGCAAUCUAUAUCACAAAUGAACAAAACUCUGAUAUUAGUAAAAAGUUAUCUUUAUUAACAGUUUCCCUUUCUUCAACACAACAAUUGCGCAGUUCAAUUGGUUCAACAACAUCGUCGUCACCUUCAACUGUUCGUUCCCUGUCGGUGGCAUCGGCAUCAUCUUCAUCAAGGGUCGUUGUACUAGAUUCUUCAACAACUACUACCAGUGAUGAUGCAUCAACACCACGACGAAGACAUCGACGACCACGCGCGCGACAUGAUGAUGCCUCUCCCAAUCGAUCAUCAGCAAAAACUACGGCAAAAAUCAUUCAAAAUUAUCUUCUCGAUUUACAACUGGAACUGAAAAAUAGUGAAUUAGUUGAAUUCGGUAAAUUAUUGACGGAAUGGCAAUCGAAUCAAUUGACAACGAAAUCAUUUGUGAAGAAAACUGCUCGGCUUUAUGGCGAAUCGCGACGAAAUCUACUUGAUGGUUUACACGAUUUUCUUCCAAUCGAUGAACAAGUAUGGUUUCUUGACUACUUGGAUAAUCUCAAAACAACGAAACCAUCCUUAUUUAACAGUACUGAAUCACUGGAGAAAGUCGAGACGUUGUAA